GCGCAUCGUCCCGAACCAGCCUCAGGUCAGAGCGCGGUCGAGAGAGAGAGAGAGCGGCCAGCGGCGAGCCUGACCCGACGGGACCCCUGCCUCGCCGGCGGCGGAGCCGAGAUGGUGGCUGCGGAGGGCAAGAGGUGGCGGUUCGCGAUGGUGUGCUCGUCCAACAUGAACCGGAGCAUGGAGGCGCACUCGCAGCUGGGGCGCGCGGGGCUCGACGUCGAGUCCUACGGCACCGGCACCCACGUCAAGCUCCCCGGGCCCUCCCUCCACGAGCCCAACGUCUACGACUUCGGCACCCCCUACGGCGCCAUCUACGACGACCUCCGCCGCAAGGACCCGGACCUGUACAAGAGGAACGGGCUGCUGCCAAUGCUGAAGAGGAACACCUCAGUGAAGCUGGCACCUCAGCGGUGGCAGGACAAUGCUGGCGAUGGGGUGUUUGAUAUGAUAAUGACAUUUGAGGAGAGGGUCUUCGACUUGGUUGUUGAAGAUAUGAAUAACCGUGAGCCAAAGCUGAUGAAGAGCGUGCCGAUAAUCAAUAUGGAUGUCAAAGAUAACCAUGAAGAAGCUGGUGUUGGGGCAAAGCUUGCUGUAGAGUUAUGCCAGAAGCUUGAAGCAAUUGAUGGCGACUGGGAGGAAAUUAUCGAUGACCUGAUUACUGGAUUCGAGAAGCAGCACAAGCGGAGGCUUGCAUACAGCAUUGCAUUCUACUAACUUGUAUAACUCCUGAGCGGGACUCAAGAGGCAGCAGUGGACGGUGGAUAACUCUUGCAUUCUAGCAAAAUCUGCACUGCAAUGAAGCAUCAACGUUGUGGCAGUGUCGCUCAGGUUCUCCCAUGCUGAAGAAUUAACUGGUAGCUGUUUUUCAUUGUGUUAUCAGUGUUGGAUGGUACAGAUGAUGCUGAUGUUGCAUGAAGCCAUCCUCUUGAUUCUUGAACUCCUCAUCCAAGUUGUAAUAUUGUUUAGAUUUGAGUCAUGAGUCUGGGUUCUGUUUGGAGUUGUUAGUAGGUAGUAGCAAAAUUCAGAAAGCAAAGCCAUGCAAACAGGACUUGCAUUUCUCGCUGCCUGACUGGCUAAAAAUCGCUUUGGAUGCAUUCAUGUAUUUUUCUGGUCACACGCUGCAGCAGAUUUCAAUGAUAUCAACAUUGAUGCCGACAGCUUUUCAUGUCA